CCGUGACGUCACUGGGCGCGCAGCGCCGGAAGCGCGAUGGCGGCGGCGAGGCGCGGCGGGCCCGGGCAGGCGGCGGCCACGGCGGCUCGCGGGCCCGGCCGAAAGCGGCGCUGGAGGCCCGUCCUGCUGCGCAGCGUUGUCGGCAGCGUCCAGGAGGGACGAGGAUUUGCAUUUCGGAGGAAACAAAAGAUUGAACAACAGUACAGGAAAUUACUGAAAAAGAGAAGACAAGUGCAUUCACAACAGGAUGAUCAGUUUACAGAUACCUAUCCAGAGCACUUGAAACAUCUUUACCUUGCAGAGGAAGAAAAGCUUAAGAAGAGGCGCAGGACUCCAAAUGAUUCAGUGUCAUCAGAAGAAAAGCUUAAUAAAGCAGCAGAGUCAGUUGGGACUCAAGAGAAGGUUAAAAAUAAAACAUCCAAUCAGAAGGCAAAAGAAGAGUAUGAGAAAAUAAAGGCUGAGCAUGCUAGAAAGAAAGAGGAAGCAGAAAAAAGAAAAGAACAAAGAGAAGAAGCUCAACGUUUGUACAAGAAAAAGAAAAUGGAAGCUUAUAAAAUACUGAGUAAGAAGACAAAGAAAGGACAGCCAAAUCUAAAUUUACAAGUAGAAUUUCUUCUUCAGAAAAUACAGCAAAAUACAUAACCCCUGCAUAUAUUUAAGUUAGCUGCAGACAUUUUAUUAAAUUACUUUUAAUAAAUAAUGUCUUUUUGCUCUGUA